UCGCCAAGUGGCCCAUACCAUCAAUACAGGGCGCACGCCUGGAGUCAUUAUUAUUCCCCUGUUGAUUAAUGGCAAGGGGUUUCCCAAACGUAAACUUGGAAGCUGAUAUAAACAGGUGAAGACUCGGAGGGACCAUCAGAUACCACCGCGAUACCACUACUGGCUAUAUGUACUGACUGUUGUGACUGUCGGUGAACUAGGAUUUGUGUACACAUCACAUACUUAAUAGGUCUAUAAAACUGUAUUUUGAUUAAUUUACAAACUAUCGUAGAAUUUAUCAAAACUACACAGGAAUCUGGAUGCCUGCUUUUUGUGAAAAUUUGUGAGGAGGAUUUCAAGACCUGGACAGCUUACUGUGAAUUUCUACCUUUGAACUGACGAUUGUUUUGAACUGUAUGAUAAUAUUGAGACUCCAAUUUUAUCAGGAUUGUAUUACUGGAUUAAAAGAUUUUUUUAAAGAUUUUGAGGUUGAAUGAUGAGUCAAGAUGUCUUUCCUAUCAAAGCACCACUCGGUGUGGAUUGACCGUUAUAGCUGAGGGCAAGAUAAAAAGAAAAAUAAAUCAAUCGCGAAGAUCCAGAAGGUUCGUCGAAGUCUGAAGAGGUCAUCUCGUAGGGUCAAGAGCAACCCGAUGAUGCGAGAGGACUCGAUGGAGACAGAACCAGCCAUGGACACCCAAGACAUGAACCACACUGCGCCUCUUGCAACCCUAGCAACCGCUUCCAUCGAUGAGGACAUCAUUUUUGAGAGCAAGGGGCAGAAGAAACGAGGUGGUACAUUCCCCAGAAUGGCGCACUUCGAUGUCCCGGAGGAAACGCCUCCGGGGUCACAGAACGGCACCUUGAAAGCUAAUGGGACGCACCGGCCUCAGCGUCAGAAUGGAAGCCUUAAAGGACCAUGGAAUCGGAAGACCAGGGGUAAAGGGAUUCCGGUUAAGAAAGAAGACACUGCUAAAGUUUUGGAAAUGUACCUGAAAAGGAGAAGCAAGAGUCUUAACGAUGCUGUUCUCACUAGGGAAUAUUUUGCUCAGGAAAAGAAGAAGCGGGUAAGGUCCGCAAGGAACAAUACAGUGUCUAUCUGUUCUACGCUCAGUACUGACUCCACCACGAGUGAGGUUCAUAUUCAAGCAACGAUGGUUGCAGAAGCGACUUCGGAUGCGCCAGCGGAUAAGACUGUGUUUUCAAGAGCUAGUGUGACACAGCAGAGUUUCCAUGAAGCGAUGAAGUGCUCAAUUAUGGAGGAGAGUUCCGCUAUGGAACAAAGUGCCGAUGAUGAACUGUCAUCGUCAGAUGAACAGUCUCCAAGAUCUCGCUCGGCGCCGUCUACCUUACGAAUGCAAGUGCAUAGAGAGCCUAAAGAAGGAAUGGACACACUGAAGCUGAAAGACAAGGAAAAUGGAUCUGCCACUCUUACAAGAGAUGGCUACAAGCGUGAUAGUAAGAAGGAACCAAGACGGAAGCGUAGUUUUCUAGAUAAAGCAAAAAAUAUUAUGAGAUCCCCGAGUACUUCUCGAAAAAUCAUUAGGACACCAAGUGCUGUGCAAAGACAUGAGGACAAAGAGAAAGAAAGACUCAAGGAAGAAAAAGAGAAGGAGAAGGAAAGACAAAGGGAAGAAAAAGAAAGGGAAAAGGAAAGACUGAGGAAGGAGAAAGAAGAAAAAGAACUACUGGAUAAGAAAUUAAAGGAGUAUAAAGAAAGGGAAAAGGAAAAAUUGAAAGAAAUGGAACGGAAGAGGAAGGAAGAAAAAGAAAGGGAAAAGGAAUGGGAGAAGGAAAGGGAAAGGUUACGGAAAGAGAGGGAGAAGAGGGAAAAGGAAGAACUGGAGAAGUCCCACACUAGGCAUCAUGCCAGAACUGAAGUUCAUAGAGAAAUGAAAAAGACUGGCUUCACUGCCAGACUCAAGCAAUCAUUUCGACGGUCAUCACGUGACCGCCAUCAUCACCAUCACCACCGCACCAAAGACCACAUACCCUCCAAACCCCCAGAACUCCCUCCAAGGCCUCCAGAACUCCAACAGCCAAAGGAUGUUAAACCCAGGCGAUGGCCUAGCUUUCAGUUCAAACGGAAGUCGCGGAAAAGCGCAUCCACACCUACCGACGAAAGUGGAGCAGGUGCAACGACUCCUUCCGAUACUGCCUCAAUGGACUUUGAGUAUUUCGCGUCACGCGCAGACCACACCCGCUCACUCAACGACGCUGAGCGAAGAAGACUGAUAAUUGAAAUGCGUCAGGCGAGACGAGAAAACUCAGGAAACGCUAGUGAUUCUCAGGUACUGGAUCGCGUCCAGGGAGCGCAUCCACCGCUCUCACAAGCCACAUCGCAUGAUUCUUUUGGUUCGUUUGCGUCAUCAGAAGGGUCGGAGAGACCCGAGAGGCCACGUACUUUGGCGUUCAGAAGAACAAGAGCAGAAAGAGCACAGAGAGGAUUGAAUAAUGUGAUCCGACUAGACAGCACGACACCGGGUCAUGUGAGGAGAGAUGUGGACACAUCAUUCCCCGUCCUUCCAGCAGCAUUGCUUGCUGAUGAUCUGGUACGAGACGGAGGCAGUAGCUCGCACCCUGAGAGAGGGGCUAACGGGGGCGGAGAAGGACCAGACAAGAACGUGACAGACUCCUGGACUGAGAGCGGAGAUGGCAGUGACAUUCCAUUUGAGCAGCGCAACCAAGAGGAGCGGGAGGAGUACUUCAAGCGCAUCGCCGACAGGUUGGCCAUGAUCGGGGAUCAGGCUCUGGCGGACUACGAGUUCAACGACAGCACCGGUGGGGCAGUAGGGGGACAGCAGAGACCGAUCCAGAGCACCUGCACAACCGAAACGUAUGCUUCCUGCUCAGCUUCUGUGAGUGGUGCAACAGCAGCAGCAGGUGUAGGUCGGGACAUUGCAGCUGAAUAUGUUGAGAUAGGCCAACGGAUACAAACAGAUGUGGAUGGCAUACAGCUGAGACGCAGGAGCCAGGCUUUCUUCCCGACCGGCAUGUUGAUGGGCGUCAUCAUGAACGACACCUACCAGUCUUUCAGCAACACCAUGCAGUCCAUCGUCGGCCAGGAGGUCGGCAUGGAGCAGCUGGCGAUAGUCUUCAAGUUCACCAAGGUGGCCGUCAGGUUGGCCCACUCCAUGGGGAAGCACGCCAGUAGCAUCAAGGACAACAGUGUCCGCUUCAUCAGCGAUCGCUAUGCCGUCUGGCUCGACAGCCAAGGAGGAUGGGGUUCGGUUGUGACGAGCGAUGACUCAGACUCUCUGCACGAAGAAUCAGAGAUAGACUGAAGGUCUGACAGGGAGAAGAAAGAAGGUAGAGAAGGAAAAGGAAAGAAGGAAAGAGGGAAGACAGUUCAUGUUUACAGUGAUUAAUGCUGCACGAGCCUCUUCAGUAACAUACAGUGUACAUUCCUAAGGAAGGAUGAACAAGAGAUGGCGCACUUUCUGCCACGUUGUCAUGGUAUCGUGCGCUCUUUUCGCCGUCCCUGCAUUGAUACCAAGUGAGGGCAGCAGACCUCGAUUUAGACUUUACACAUUGAUCUUAAGCGAGUGUGGCCUGACUACAGUUGGAUCUGACCCAAUCUGGCAAAUACUGCUAUGUUAGGCAAGCACUUGGUAAAAAUAGAAAGCCUAGAGCCUCACGACCUUUUGGGGGCAAUAGUUUUUACUAUUGCUAGAAUUACCAGUUAUUUUCUUAGCAGAGCACUAGUAAGAAUUAUAGCCAUGAUCAACAAUGCCAAUUAUUUUAUUUGUAAUCGAUAACAAUUUCAUUAAUGUAUUUUUGCUUUCAUAUUUAAAAACUCCUGUAGCCUAGUUAUGAUGUACCACUUCCCCAUCCCUUCUUGUCCUUUGCUGGUCUUACAUUCUUCAAUUAAUUUUUUAGAUGUAAUUUACAGGUUGAUAUAAUUGUUUGAGAUUUAAACUGAAGCAUCCCAAAUCUCUGUGUACAGAACAAUGGUUAUAUUCUAAGAAGUGCUCUGCGCCAUUCGGUGCCAUUCUGUUUGUUUUUUUAAUUAUUGGUAUUUUGAUUUUUUAUACUCAUUUACACUCAUUGUUUAUCUUUGAAGAAGGCCUUUCAUUGCCUAUAAGGCAAACAGCUAUGCUGCAUGUUAUGGAUUGAAAGGGUUCUUCUUUGCCCUCUAUGGCCUUGGUAUAUAUCAUUUGAUUAUAAUUGAUGAGAAAGCCUAUGUAGUAUGCCUUGCAGUUGGGUUUUAGAAGCUCUUGUUCAAAAUGCUCCCAGGGAUUGGAGAAAGUGCAUGCAUUGCAUGCAGGGUCAGAAAAAGGUAUCACUCAAACCUGUAAAGACGGUGAACGUUAUGUUCAUACUAAUUAAGUAAUCAAUGCAUAGGCAUCGUUGAACUGAUUUCUAUCAAUUAUUUUUUAUUGAAAUGGCAGAAAUAUUGAUAUCUUGCCAUGAAUUCCAAAAUGUUGGAUCGUGCCAGGCAUGACUUGUUUCAAUGGAAGCGAGUCAUGGUUAGAAGUUGUAAGUGGUAUUAAUUUUUUGCAGAUGAUGAUUGUUACUUCUGUCUUUCGUUCAUGUGUAAUACUUAAGAAAAAGAAUUUUCUCCUUUUUUGUUUACAUUGAAAAGUGGUCUCUGAAUUUAUUCUACUGCCUUACCAGCAAAACAAUCUCCAAAAUGACAAUAGCUAUUAUGUCAUUUCUUACGACAUACCAUUGAUCAGUUUGGAUUCGGUUUCGUGGGUAUGUCUGUAGCGAUACUGUUGUUUGAAAAGGUUAAUAAAGUGGGCAGUUCCAUGAAAUAUGUAUGUCCGACCCCUCUAGGUGGGACCUUCAUGAAAUUUUCUGUCUCUGAUUUCUUGUUCUUUUGACAGUCUGUAAUGCUCUCAAAGGACCAUGACUUGGUCAGUUUAUGAAGUGAAGUAAGACUUGAUGAAAAUGGGGGUCAGACGUACAAAAAGGUUGAUCAUUUUAUGGAAUUGCUCAAGUGUGUCUUAAGUACCUUGUUGAUUUACUUAUGUCUUUUUAAGGUCAUUCCAUUUUCAUCACAAGAGGAGUACUGUUGAAAAAGUGUAUCAAAGGUGAUUUGAAAUACAAGAGCCAUUUUAUUAUUGUUAUUCUCAUAACAUACAAACAGAAAUAUAGGUUUUGAUAAUAUAUGGUUAUUCACAACAU